GCUCAAGACCGGGGCACAGCGACUGGAGCGACAAGUUUGCGCAGCGACAGCCGGCCCUAGCACGUCGUCACGUGAGAGCAUUGCCAAAUUCGAUGGGGUCCCGAUCUUCUGCGACACAUCGAAGACAGACCCUAUACAGUGGUGGCGCCAGUUCGAACUCAAGCUGGACAUCCACAAGGUCGUUGACAACAAUCGACAUGCAUACUUGUACUCUCGGUCAGGACGUGCGUAUCAAGCAUGGCUGGACAACAUGUUGUCCGCACCCGCGUGCAGUCUCCGAGCUGCAUAACUUCAUCAAUUGGACUAAUCGCACAGCGGCAUGGCAAAAACGAUUCCAAGUGGAACCACUCGAGCAUCAGGCGAUGGACAAGCUGCUGACAUUUUCUCAGAACAACAUGCCAAGCGGAGACUGGAUAUCCGAGUUCCAACGCUUGGCGAGCAUGCCAAAGCUGCCGAUGACCUUCGACGACAUCAAGCUCUACUUCAUCAAGAGGUCGUGCCCGGCGUUGCAAAAUGUGUUGACUCAAGUCGUCGAGAACCUCAACAGAAGUGAAGAACUCUUCAACAAGGCUGCGCAUAUCAUUGUGACGAACAUGGAAGCCAAGAAUAUUGGUCGUUCGGCCAGGGCGCGUAUCAGCAUCGACCGAAAGUGGGAAGCGAUUGCCAUGGACAUUAUCGGGCCGUUCCCCAAGCAAAAGCCUGGUGUGGAUGGGAUUCUCACGGUGGUCGACCGACUCACCAAGUUUGCCAUGUUUCUGCCUUGCCGCUAUCAUGCCAAGGCACCGGAGUUGGCUGACAAUCUUUACGUCGGUUCGAUUCGAACCAAGGGUUACCCCAAGGAAAUCGUCUGCGACCACGACACUCGGUUCAUGUCCGACUUUUGGUUGGCGUUCAUCAAACGAUGGGGCUCAUCUCUCAAACCGAGCUGGGCUCGCCAUCCCCAAACCGAUGGCCAAACGACAAGGGCAUCUCAAACCACACAGGUUCUUCUUCGCACUCUCAUCCGUCCCGACCAAAAGGAUUGGGUUGAGCGGCUGCCGGAUGCCGAGUUGGCAUACAACUCGUCCAUCCAUCCGGCUAUCGGGAUGUUGCCCUUUGAGUUCGAGCAUGGCUCGCCGGUCAAUUCUCUGUUCGAUACGAUUAUCCUGCGGGCGGCGGAGAGCGACGACCAUCUUCUCUUCACUUGUCGGAUGCAAGAGCGUCUUGUCAAGGCACACAACCAGAUGUCGAAGACGCAGCAACGUAUGUGCCAACAGGCCAACCUCCAACGUCUUCCUUGUCCGUUCUGCGUCGGCGACCUCAAGAAGAAGAAGAAGGAGAAGGAGAAGAAGAAGAAGAAGAGGAAGAAGAAGAGGAAGAAGAAGAGGAAGAAGAAGAGGAAGAGGAGGAGAAAGAAAACAAGUGGCGGAGAAGGGGAAGACGAAGAAGAAGAAGAAAGGUUAUGGAGGAAGAUGAAAACGCGAGGGGGACGAAAGGAAGACGAAGAAGACGAGAGGAGGAGGAGGAGAGAAGAAGAAGAAGAAGAAGAAGAAGAAGAAGAAGAAGAAGAAGAAGAAGAAGAAGAAGAAGAGCCGAGAAGGGGGGGUCGAGUGAAUCCCAGUCAAAGGGAGGAGUGCCAGGAGGAGGAGCGGGAUGACAAGCGGGAGGAGGAAGGAAGGGAGGAGAAGGGGAGGACGGCGACGACGAGGAGAAUGAAUGGCAGGAAAAAAGCGGAAGGAGGAGGGGGGGAAGACGGCAAGCGGGAGUGGAAGGAGGAGGGGAAGAUAACACGUGGGAGUGGGAUGAGGAGGGGGAAGACAAGCAGGAGCAAAAGGACGACGAACAGGAGGGGGAGGACACAGAAGAUUUAUUCUCAUGUUGCACACUUGGUGAGUAGCGGAGCGAAGCUCAGUGAACUGGAGCAGCAGCAGGAGGAGGCGGGGUGGGAUGACAAGCGGGACGAGGAGAAGGAUGAGGAGGGGGAAGACUACGAAGGCGAGGAGAACGAGUGGCAGGAAAAAGAGUGGAAGGAGGAGGGGGAAGAUGGCGAGUGGGAGCAAAAGGGCGAUGAACAGGAGUGGCACGAGGAGCACAAUGAGGAGGGGGAAGACGAUGAGUGGGAGGAGGAGGACGGCGAGAAUGACGAGCGGGAGGAGGUGGACGGUGAACUGGAGGAGGCAGAGGGGGAGGAUGACAAGCAGGAGAAGGAGGUUGACGGGCAGGAGGAGGAGGAGAUUGGAGGGCUUCGGGAGGGACGGAGGAGGAGGAGGAGGUGGGCGAUCAGGAGAGCCAAGCGGGAAGCCGAUUCACAAGCCGAGAACACUGAGUAUUCUCAGGGCUCAGGGUCGUGGGUUCACCGGAAAGAAAGUCAGUUGCAUCAGCUAAAGGGUUAAGUUUUUUUUUUUUCCUUUUACUUUCAUGUUUUUCUUUGUUUCUUGAAGAAAAGUAUAAAAUAAAAGAAAAAGCUGUUC